UUAAAUUUUUUUCUGUGUACCGUCUUCAACAACAAUCGAAAAUGUUGAAAUUAUAUUUGGCAUCAAUUUUUUUCUCAUUGAAGUUAUUGAACGUUGAUAGUGCAUUAGUUCUUGAUUCUGUUUUUGUUGUUCUUCGACAUGGUGAUCGUAAUCCAUUAUACAUUUAUCCAAAUGAUCCAUAUGAUGAAGAGUAUUGGAAGCAGCAGGGUGGUUUAGGGAAUUUGACCGAUAAAGGUGAAAAUCGAAUCCGUGUGGCAGCUAAAAAUUAUCGCCAACAAUAUGAAAUGUUACUGGACAAAAGUGAUGAAUCAAACAAUCUAAUUUUAACUUCAACAAGUGAACGUGCUAUAAAAACAGCCAAUAUAUUCAUGGAAGUGAUCAAUAAAACGACAACAUUCGAACGUAAUGAUAAAAUGUUGAAAACAACUGUGAAAUGUGAAAAAGCUGAAAAAAUUCAAUUAGAUUUGCUUAUCAAAAAAGCGCCAGAAUUAGUGCCCAAUAACACUUUCAUCGAUAAUAUUAGUAAUAAAACUGGUGAAAAAUAUACGGAAGAUUCAGUGAAAAAUUUACAAUUAUUGAAUGGUUUAGCAAAUACUUUGGAAAUUGAACGAGACCAAAUGAAAUUGAACGUUUCCGAUUGGAUCACCGAUAAAGAAACAGCUAAUAUUCUGUCUAAUUUGUACAAGAAAACGUUUGCAACAAUGUCAAAUGAUCAUGAAAUUCAACGUUUACGUGCUGGUCUAUUAUUAAAAAAUAUUCGUGAUCAGAUCAAAAACAAUUCCAGUCAACGAUUUUUUCUAUAUUCAACACAUGAUUUAAAUCAAAUUGUAUUGUUACAAGCACUGCAUCUGUAUGAUCAACUAGACCAAGACAAUAGUGUACCACCAACAUACGUCAGCGGUGUGGUGUUUGAAGUUUAUCGUAAUGAAAGUGAACAACAACAAAAUAAAUGGAUUCGCUUCAUUUAUCGACAAUUCUUAGACAAUGAAAAUGGUACCAUAAUCAAAGUAGAUACUCAAAUGGUUCCAGAAUUAUGUCAAACGGAAUUACAAUUUCAGGAUGGAACAACUAUAAAUACCCAAAAAUUUUGCUCUUGGGAACAAUUUAGCAAUGAAUUAUUAAAAAAUCUAUUACCAGAAAAUUGGGACAAAGAAUGCAUGAAUUCGGCAGCUAUCAAGCCGAUGGUAACAUUCAUGGUAUUCAUCAUUACCAUAUUAACAAGUUAUUUUUCAACACAUUGAAUUUGAAUGUUUUAAAUCUUUUCUCAUUAGCAUCAUUUUCCUCUAUUUUUCAAUAUU